GGCGACAGUGUGCUUGUGCGAGUCGUGCGGAGAACAAAUCAACAUUCUACUUAGGUAGUUUAAACCAGCGCAACUGAACGCUGCUCUCGCUUCAAAACCAAUCUAUCUCUCUAGAGAGGGUUCAUUGAAUCGCGUAUACAUAGUUCUUAAAACGCAAACGUGAUAUCAUCGCUCGUCAUGGCCACAGACAUCUGUUAUUAAAAUGUGUAUGUGUGUUUUAUCCAGUGGUUUAUCAAGUCAAUGUCUUCUUUGUUUCAAACGUAAGUAGAAGUUCGUUAUGUUUAGGCGGUAUUUUAUCCAGUCGGUUUUAUUGUUAUAAUACAUCGUUCAGUGUGACCCUCGAGCUUCAUUUAUCGAUUCGGAUAUUUCCAUGCCUGUUAUUUUAUCUGCAGAACAAACUAUUUGCCGAUGACUUUUCGCAAACCGUUGUGAGUAUUUUGAAACUACUAAGUUUGAAGAAGUUUUCAACUAAUCGUACCUCAGAAAUAGGUGAGCUGAACGUAGCAUGCCCCAGGAAUAGUUAGAUUGACAUUAAUUGGAUGACGGGUAACUGAAGAUGGCUUCACCUACCCCUUCGAUAGAUUCAUUGCACAGAGCAAACUCCAUUGGAUCUUUUGGCGAACACGGAGAAUAUCUCUCGUUUCCACCUUCAGCCGAUUCACCUCUGUCGAUCACCGGCUCAUCUCCUCCAGUCAGCGAAUCAAUUGACAGGGAUAACGACCAUAACGAAUUCCACUGUCAGCAGUGCAGAGAUCCUGUAGGAGACCCAAAGAUAAUCUCUUGCGGCCACAUAUUCUGCUCCAACUGUUUGGACAAAAACCAAUUGAUCUGUCCUUGUUGUAACACUGAGACCAUUGAAGGUAUUUUAAACAAUUUGUUAUUUAGUCCAGAAACCACAUCAGAAGUAUUCCACUCUCCUGUAAGGUGCACUGGUUGUAAGACGAAAAAAUUAGACGCAGUUGCACGUUGCGUUGAUUGUGCCAAUUAUCUGUGUUCGAAUUGUGUUAUGGCCCAUCAGUUUAUGCAUUGUUUCGAAGGCCACAGGGUUGUUAACCUGGCCGAUAUCAGGGAAGAACCCAAAAAUAGCAUCAUAUCCAAUACCGCCAUGAUCAACGGUGAAAAAACGAUGCUUUGUCCGAGACACAAAGGAGAAACCCUCAAGUUCUUCUGCAGAACUUGCUCUGUACCUAUCUGCAAGGAGUGCAUAAAUAUGGAACAUCCUGUAGGCAUCCACGAGUACGAACAUAUAGGGGACGCCGUAAACAAGCAACUAGAAUACAUCCAACACGCAAUGCAAGAAGCUAAAGCUAAAGCGGCGGAUGUGAAGAAUGUCGUUAAGAACAUCGAACACGUGUCCGCAAGAAUGCAGGUUCAAUUCCAAAAAGCACAAAACGAAGUCAACGAUACUUUUAUGUUUUACAAAUCGAUGUUAGAAGAACGCAAACAAGAGAUACUGAAAGAACUAGAAAGUGUUUACUCAACGAAGACAUUAGCGUUGGAUGUAGCUGGACAGAAAGGCCAAGACACGGUGGACCAAAUCUUCAAAACUUGCGAAUUCGUGGACAAACUGAACAAAUGUGCGAAUCUCAUUGAGAUACUGAUGUUCAAGAAAUUAUUAGAUACAAAACUGCAAGGUUUAAUGAAUUUCAACAUAGAUCAGAACGUGUUGCUGGCCGCUGAACUGGAAUUCGUAUCUAAUUAUCAGGCGAUCCAGGUGGGUGUUAGAAAUACAUUCGGUUACGUUAGAUCCAACUCUGAAGUUCCUGGUCCAAUACGACAACCGCCUAUUGCGAGACCAACUGGAGGCUCAAGCUCUAGCGGAAGUAGCGUCAACGGUAGUUCGGGAAGCUUGAAUGGAGGUAUUCAUUCCCAGUUCUCCUUAGGCGGGUCUAGCCAAUCGACGUCGCCCUUCGACUCCAAUAUCAUUAGUAAGAGAUUCAGCAGUGCCAAUAGUCUUGGUCCCUUUUCUACCACCAUUGGUGAUUUGGGAAUCAACGGUAUCAACCCUUACGAAAAAUGGUCGAACGGCGGAAGUGAAAGUAUUUUCCAAACCAACAAUUCCGAUCCCUAUUCUUUGACCAGCUCAAGUCAUCCGGAUUCAAUGCUCGAGCUUACCUCAAAACUGAUGUCAACCGCUAUAUUUCCGCCUAAAUCACAGAUCAAGAGACAAAAGAUGAUCUAUCAUUGCAAAUUCGGUGAGUUCGGCGUUAUGGAAGGACAGUUCACCGAACCCAGUGGCGUAGCCGUCAAUGCUCAAAACGACAUAAUUGUGGCCGAUACGAAUAACCAUCGAAUCCAAAUUUUCGACAAAGAGGGCAGAUUCAAAUUCCAGUUCGGCGAGUGUGGUAAGCGAGAUGGUCAACUUUUAUAUCCCAAUCGAGUUGCCGUUGUACGUACAUCUGGCGACAUAAUCGUGACCGAAAGGUCCCCAACACACCAGAUACAGAUCUAUAACCAAUACGGCCAGUUUGUGAGAAAGUUCGGUGCUAACAUCCUUCAACACCCCAGAGGCGUUACCGUUGAUAAUAAGGGGCGCAUAGUUGUAGUGGAAUGCAAAGUAAUGCGUGUUAUUAUUUUCGAUCAGACCGGUGCGGUUUUACAGAAAUUUGGAUGCUCCAAACACUUAGAAUUUCCGAAUGGUGUUGUAGUCAACGAUAAGCAAGAGAUUUUCAUCAGCGAUAACAGAGCUCACUGCGUAAAAGUCUUUAGUUACGAGGGAGUCUAUUUGAGACAAAUAGGCGGUGAAGGGAUCACUAACUACCCUAUAGGAGUAGGCAUUAAUUCCAACGGUGAGAUUCUGAUUGCUGACAACCAUAACAAUUUCAAUCUCACCAUCUUCAGUCAGGAUGGACAGCUGGUAUCUGCGUUAGAGAGCAAGGUGAAACAUGCACAAUGCUUCGACGUUGCUCUCAUGGACGAUGGUUCCGUAGUGUUAGCCAGUAAAGAUUACCGCUUGUACAUCUACAGAUACGUUCAAGUACCGCCUAUUGGCCUCUAAAGGCGCCGCUGUUCCGUGAGUUCGCAGACAGGGUCUCCAGCCGCCAUUCCCUACACUUUUUGUUGAUGCAUUCUUGAAUGGAGUGGUCUGAUGCUGGUCUGUUGUCAUAUAUUAUUGCUAUUUAUAUAAAUGUCCAAAAUUGUAAACAAUAUUUAUUCAUUAUCGCCAUAAUUUUGUAUCGUAGCGUAUAAUCAAUUCACAUACUGAUAUUUUUAAUAUUUGAUGUACGAUAUGAUUAUUAUAAUGACGAUGCUGACGCGUUAAGAUGACUGGUUAAAUCCAAUCAAAUGAUUUCAAGUGAUGCUUCUCUAACGAAACAGGGGUAUUAUUGAAUUCAAUUCAAGUAUUAACCAGGCAUCCCAGUACAUGGGCCAUUGUUGAAAAUUGAGCAUCAGUUUCCGAUAUUGAUAAGAUAAUUCUAUUUUAAUAUGUGUACGAUGCUGUGUAUGUCAUUUUUUAAUUGAUUAAAUGUUGUUGUCUGCGGGAUGCCGCGUUGUUAGCGACCCUAGUCAUCCACGAACUGUACUUUUUAUAGACGUUUUAUUUAGUUUUUCAUAUCAAAUUUAUUAUUGCCUGUGCUGUUAUUGCACAAUGCAUUUUGUAGAAACCGAGUGCCGUGCCCAACCAGCAACUAUGACCGCCAGUUUCUUUUUGACAUUAUUUGUUUGAUUUUUAUUACUGCUGAGUAUUUUCAUUAAUUUUUAUUUUUACGUUAGUGAAUGCAAGUGUGUGCCUGCAAUAAUUACCAAUCUCUAUUAAUUUAGUUCGUAGAUAGUAGUUUUAUCGAUAGCCGUUUUUUGUUUUUUUUUGGCAUAAACAAUAUUCUUCUGGAGUUUUUCUGGUUUGUUUUCCGUCAUUUCCACGACAGUAUUAUUUUUAAGUUUCCGAUCGUGCUCGUUGUUGAAACAAAUUAGCUCAUAUAAUACUCAGACCCUAUAUCCAGACCAUGUUGACGUAUUUAAUUGUUCUCUGAAGGAAAACGGACCAGUAAAAAUACCUCGAUCAUUUUAUUCUCGAUUGCAUAUUACAGAUGUGUGGUCAAUCUCCGUAAUACUACCUGAUUGAUUUUUUGUUCUGACGAUUUGUACCUCGAAUUUAACAAUCCAGUAUUCUAUUAUUGUGUUUCUUUUCUUUAGAAUCGAAAAUUGUUGUUGUGUAAUGUGCUUAAGUUUUAUGUUUGUUUUGUUUGAGUUACUUAAGAUCCGUAUGACGAAUUGUUUUUGUUGUCGAAUAUUGUGGGACCAUAUUAAAACAAAGUGUCAACAGUUCUGACAAAAAAUCAAUCAUGCAUUGAAGUUGUUAAUGCUGCCUAGUAUAAGAUAUUUGCCACGUGUCGCAUGUUGACAUAUCUGCCGAAACUUUGUUUCCGGUAAAUUAUAAGACUAUUUGUAGAUGUAGUUUUUCUCACUAUAUUUUGAUUUUAUUAUUAAAAUGUGAGCACACUUUGACGUGAUCUCGAAUCGCCUCUCUUUUUUUAUGAAAUUCGCUUGGAGUCACGUCCGAUGUCGCUCAAUAAUUCAAUCCAUCGUUAUCAUAACUUUAUGUAUUAUUUAUAUUAUUAUUAUAUACAUUAUUGUUGUUUUUGAGCCGGAGGCGAGGUUUAUUGAGAGGACAGGACUGCAUGAUCUCAUGUCUUAGCAGUUUCUGUUUGCACUUUUUCACAUCACUGGCGUGAUUCUUCUGGGUGCGCUUCUGACAAGUGUUAUGUUGUUUCAUAUCUUUAAAUAGUACUCUAUAUUUUUCUAUUGUUCCUGGACCAUCCUUGGAAGCGCACCCAGUAUUUAAUUGUCAAAUUGUAGCCGUUCGGUCUUUACUCCACUCUUUAACUUGUUGUUAUUAUCACUUUAAAUGAUAAUCUUGUUCUUAAAUUAAAUGUAAAUUGUUUUGUUUUUCUUUGAUUUUUUGUUGUAAAUGCUUUUUGAUUAAUAAUACCAGUUUCUGCAGUUUUCA